UAAUCUUUGGUUUGGUAUUCAACAGAACAUGACGUUUCUGUUCGUUUUCUUUUAUAUACGGUCAUUUAAACCGGUUUUUACUCGCCUCAUCCUGUUUGGACGUGACGUCAUCGUGUGAGCUCGCGAUUGGCGCUCUUCACGCGACCGUUCAAACGCCUUCACGCGCUCACCAGAGACGCUCAGUUUUCAACGGGAAUCUCCAAGACUUCACUUCUUACUCCGAGUUCAGUUUACAUUGACCAUUAUAACCAACCCGGAUUCUUUAUUCUUGAGUAGAAAAGUUUUGUUUUUCUUAAGAAUGUAAUGAAAGGGAGCAGUAAGGGGCAUCUUUAGUUGUCAGGGGAGAUGGAAAAUACACUGGAAUCGGUCUGAAUCUUCAAACGAAUGAAUCUUAAUGUGUAUUUAUGUCGAAUUCGUAUUUAUUACACCUCGAAGCUUUCUACAGUUUUCCAAGUUACUAAACGAAGAUGCAGUCGUGAGGAAAAUGAUCUCUGAAGAGCGAAGCAACCAAUUUAACAAGCAAGCACUCGGUUUUCCCAUUGGAUUAUUAAUCCGGUCCCCGAAAAAACGGCUUGCGACACUGGGAAGGAAACCCAGCAAUGGCUCUCUACAAUCCAACACGUCUGAAUGCACAACUCGAUCUUCUGAGAGUGCUGGUGUCAGGCAGCCAGCCAGAAGUAAGAUCCGUCGCCACAAUAACAAGCUGGCCACAGUGUUUAACCGGAGUCCAGUGCUGCAAGACAGCAAACCUGGACUCCUUGGAGGAAAUCUAGAGCUGAACGAUGACCCCACUGAGUUGUCCAGUCAACUGUCUGCACCAGGGAUCUUAAAAAUAUUUGGCAGUGACAUCUGCCAAGGGACUAAUUACAAGAGCGUGCUGGCCACGAAUCAUUCAAGUGCCAAGGAGCUGGUUAAAGAGGCCCUGGAGAGAUACUGCCUUGAAAAGGAAGAUCCUGAUGCAUAUGUACUCUGUGAUGUGAUUGGGCAUACUGGGAUUGCCCACCAGUGGCAGACAGAAUCCCUUCGGGUUAUUGGUGACAACGAGAAACCACUCAUACUACAAUCUCUUUGGAAACCCAAGGAAGGAUUUUGCAGAAGGUUUGAGAUCCACACAAGAUUAAAUAUAGAAGAACGUAAUGCCAAAGACAGAGACACAAUUACUGCAGGCCUCAAUGCCCGAAUGCGGAAUCUACAGAAAGUCAAUUCAAGGGUCACAUCACUCUUUGUGGAUGGGAGUAGUGGGAACAUGGACAGCAUUGGUAUCUGGAGGAGCCUAAGUGAUAUGGACCUCUCUGCCAUGGGUAAGGAGGCCAGCAGGGCUAAUAAAGGAGCUACUCUGCAGGAGGAUCCUGAGGCCGAAGCUGACUUGGACAGAAGCUGCCUCAUCACAGAGAAGGAAGAGACAGAAAGCAGUGAUGACAACAACACACAAUACUCCAUUCACCCGCCUUUUGAUUUUCCCUACUUUCUACUUCUUCAGGGUUACAGCCACAGACAAGACUUUGUGAUCUACCUGAUGAGUGGAAACAGCUGUGUGUUUGGCAAAUGUGCAGGGCAUGGUGAGGAUGGAGAGCAGCUGAAGGUGGAUGUGGUCCUUUAUGCCCCUGAUGUGCUUCCUCAACACUGCUGUGUGCAGCACCUGGAUGUUCCCAGGACCCAAGCUGAGGGUAGCAGGAGAUCUACAACCCUACUAAAGCCCCUCCAAGGAGGCUGUGUAACCCACAAUGGUGUUCAGUUAAAGGGCCAAGCUGAACUCUUUCCAGGUGACCUAAUAGGCUUGGGUCAGCAUUACCUCUUCAUGUUUAAAGACCCCACAGCGCCUGAUGUCCAGUGCAUACCUACAUGGAUGGCCAGACUGUCUCCCCAAGCUUCAGCCUCACCCUGUAAUGCCUGUGGUUCCCCUGUAAAAAGGCAUAGGAAAAGCAGGAGGGUCCCAGGCUUCUGGAAGGACCCAGACAAGCAUGUGAUUUCUCUUACGUACGAACUGCACCAAGAGGACCAGGUGCUGGAAAAGAUCCUCACCAUAGUGGACCCUAGAGGACCAGAGCCCAAACUUAUUCCAGCCUUCCUGCUCUGUUUGUGCAUUCAGCAUUCAGCUGCUUACUGGGAAAUGACGAACUUCUGCAAGCUGUUGCUGCAAAUCGCAAACCAGAUCCAGCUUGCCAUGUGGGAGAGGACAAAAGAGCUUGCAUUGCUUCAGCCAGAGAAUGGCAUCGGAGAUGGACAGCCAGAGCCAGAGGUGUUUUGUAUGCUAAACAUUGCUGAGCUGAUCCAAGGCCUGCAGCCGCUUGUGCUAUGGAUGGCCAACUCUAUUGAACUGUUGCAUUUCAUUCAGCACGAGGUGCCCCUGCUCCUGCCAUGGACACAGCAAGAUGAAGAGCAAGACAAAGAAUUAAUAAAUUCUGAGAUCUUGUCUAUACGUACUGCCAGUGAGGAGGCCAUGACUGUCCUAGAGGAAGUUAUCAUGUUCACUUUCCAACAGACUGUCUAUUAUCUCACAAGAAGAUUGUAUUCAGUUCUACCAGGAAUGCUAGAUAGUAACCCUUUCUCUGAAAAUGGACAGAUGCGCAUACCUGAGGGUGUCAGCAAUGUUCUGGAUGUUCUUAAGGAGGCAUUACAGCUGCUGAACACCUUCAAGGUUCACUCAGACAUAACCUCACAGCUCUUAGCAUAUCUCUUCUUCUUCACCAAUGCUUCCCUGUUCAACAUCCUUAUGGAGAGAGGCUCAGGAGGUGGUUUCUACCAGUGGUCCAAAGGAGUACAGCUCCGAGCCAACCUAGAUUUGUUGAUGGACUGGACCCAGAGUAUUGGUUUGGGUGAUCUGUCAACAGAGUUUUUCAAGAAACUCUCUUCAGCGGUCAACCUACUGGCCACCCCUAAGGAGAAUUUACUACAGACAUCCUGGGGGUCUCUUAGAGUAGAGUUCCCUCAUCUCAAUCCAGCACAACUUCACCAUAUGCUGAGAGAAUACAACACCACUAGGGCCUGUCCCUCCUGCUGGACCCCUUCUCCAGAGGAGGCAGUAUCUGCCCUCCAAACCUCUGAAAUUCUGGAGAGUUUUGACAAUCAUCCUCCACUUAUCCUGCCAAACAACUCCUUUCACUUGGAUCUGGGGAAGCCUAUCACACAGCCUGCUUUCUUGUCCCACCUUAAGAGCCUACAGGACUUCAUCGACAGCAUCCCUAUCAACCAGAUACGAAAUGAACAACAACCAGAACUGCGGAACAACAGCACUGACCACAUGGAAGUUACACAAAUAGAGUCUUCCCCAUCCACCUCAGAAGUGGAGUGCCUUGGGUCCACCAAAGCCACCAGUUCACCAACCAUUCAGUGUGAUUACAUAGCAGAGCAACAGCAGUGUUUGUCUGCCUCACCUCCUCAGCUCAGGGGCUUUCACAAUGCUCUAGGUUCUUGUGAAGCACUCUUGUCUCAGAAGCUGAAGAACCUGGAGCUUCAGAACAGCCUACCUGGGGAAACAGACCUGCACUCACAGAAGAGCCUGGCCUUGGACCCGUCCUGCCUUCUGACCCCACCCAACACACCCCAAGGCCUGGAGCUCUCUGACCUUGAGGCCAGUCUACAAGCAGAGGACACACAAAAUGCAGAGAAUGGUCUAAGAGGAAACACAGUCAGAGUGAGAGAAACAGAAGAGGAUGAAGAUGAGGAAGAUGAGGUAUUCACAGUAGAAGUGUCAAGAGGACCUCAUGGCUUCGGCCUAGCGCUGGUGGACGGACUGAAAUCUCCACUGGGGAUGAAUGGGAUCUAUAUAAAGUCAGUAGUACCAGGAUCACCAGCUGCUCAGUGUCAGAAGCUCAGGCUUGGUGAUCGUAUCCUGGCUGUGAACGGAGUCAGUCUUGUAGGCAUGGAUUACCAGACUGGUAGGGAGAUCAUCCGGACAUCAGGAGAUUCUCUCCGGUUCCUAGUGGCCAAAACUGAAGGCAGUAACAGUGGCAGGAGCUCCAGCACAAGAUGUUAAACUUUUGGGAGAUUGUCCUGUUUCCACCGAGGGUUUUCAGGACAAAUUAUUGGACUUUUGGUUCUUCCAGCCACAGAAUCAGACCUUUUACUCUUUUUCUAGCUGCUGGCUUGUUUUUGGUUCUUGUUUUUUUUUUUCUGGGAGUAUAAGUGGAAUAGUCAUAAAUAAAAUACUUAAAUUUACUGAAGACUUUAAUAAGGCCAGUUUUCUUAUAAGUUUGGACUCCCAGUGGAUGAAGCUGUAAUCAUGUCUACUUGGUUGUAAAGAUGCAUACCAAAUGACUUAAAACCAAUGUUUGUUGCAUUCAUUUAAUUCAGUAUGCAUCUGUUUGUCUUCUUCAUUGAAUGCAACACAUUUCAGGUUUCUCUGGAAAAGGCUAUGGCUCAGAUGUUAUCAUGUUAUUUGUUUGCUUGUUAUAGCAUCAAUGACCCAAACACUUAACCUAAAUAUGUAGACCUAUAUGCAAUAUUACAGUAAUAUCAGUGGAAAAUUUGUUUAUAUUUUUUGUUCCAUAUAUGUUAAUCAAAAUCUUGGCUUGCAUCAAGUACUAUUAUUGAUUUGUUCUGGUCAGAGCAAAGUAUUUCUAUUCAGUAUGCUCCAGGCCAUGGAUCAAAUUUCCAUCUAGUCUUGCCUGUUCUAAGCAGGCAUUAAUAAUCAUAAUGUGAUACAUUCAGUAAUCAAUAAUUGUUUUCUCAAUGCCAGAGAGACAGUGUUACAUCAGCAUUAUUGAUAUGGUAUGUUUGUAUGGUAUAUUUAUAUUCUUUUCUAUUCUAUGUAAUAUUUACAUGUAAAAUAUAUUUUGCUUAUUUUAA